UAUUAAUAAACGAAAUAUAGGUUGACAGCCGCAGCACGUGACAGCACGAGGGUCUACCGGACACUCUCCGUCCGGUUACCGUCAGCAGCGCGUGACCGGUGACAGCAGCAGACGCGCAUGUGCGUGCGGGAAUAUUCAGUCCCGUUAUUUCCCCAUCAUCACGAUUCCCCCUUACGGUACCGAAUGGUACACACCCGGUGAGAGCCACGGAACCCGGGUCAAUAAACGCGCGAUGAGCGGCGGCGUGUACGGCGGUAACGAGUGAUCAUCAUCAUCAUCAUCAUCAUCAGUGGGUCUGUCUGGAAACACCAUGUUGGGUGUCGGACACGUCGUCACUACCAGCAUCGGCAUCAGGCCGAGCGCGAGACUGCGGCUCCAUCGAGAGGAUCUAUUCUCUCCUCGCUGUCCGACUUCAGGCUGAUCUGACCUCUGCUGGGCCUGGACUGUAGAUCGGCGCUGACCGCAUGUGUUCGUCCACAGGGAAGAGGGAGGAAAGCAGAGCGUGGAGAGAAAAUGCCCCUAAACACCCCACACACACACACACACACCUUACUGCUGAAUUAUGAUUCUUACACAUCACUGGAUACAGUAUUUACAGUAACUGCUCAAUAAACUGAGAAAUACCUUGAUUUGUUUAUGAAGCUUCAUUCAUCUCUCAAUCUUCAUAUUGAAACUGUGUGUAUGUGUGUUAUAUAUAUAUAUAUGAUGUAAGAUUGAUAUUUUUAAUAGUGUUUUAGCAUUUUAAUACACAUAAAUGAAUAAUUGAAAGCUUGUUAUGAGUUCAGUAGAGUGGAUCUCAUGAAACUCGCUACACGUGACUCAGUUUAACCUUAUAUUAAUAACAGCUCAUAUACACACGACAUCAUGUUUAUAUGGUACAUCAUGUUACGAGGAUAUGAAUGAAAUACGUCACCGGGGAGCGUGCAGACGUCACUCUCGGUACCGGCCUUGACGUCGCGGGAGUGCGCACGAGAGAUAAGUGACGUUUAAAUGCGGGAUGCACGAACGAGCGGCGCGGGGACACGCGGCGCGCGCACUCACGGAAGUUGGUCUAGUUCUGCGAGUGCUGUGAUCUGAUUGGAGGAAGUUGAUCUAGUUCUGCGAGUGCUGUGAUCUGAUUGGAGGAAGUUGGUCUAGUUCUGCGAGUGCUGUGAUCUGAUUGGAGGAAGUUGAUCUAGUUCUGCGAGUGCUGUGAUCUGAUUGGAUGGGUCUUACACUGAGUUGCUGGCUGGGGGACGGCCAUCUUAAAAAACAUCACAGAUCCUCAUCCGCGUUCAGUCCGUUUUCUGUAGCCCCGCCCAUUCGGCUCGCGGUGCUUCUGGACACGCCCCCCGUCGCCGCCGGCGACCCUCGAUCGCAGUGGAGCCGGACGCACCUGUCGCCUAACCUGCAGGUGUGUGCGUCGGGCGGGAGUGUGUGUCGAGCCCGCGUGGAGCAGAGCAGUGAUGCAGUUCGUGGAGCCGUCGGCGUAGAGGCGGGGCUUCACAUAUGGGAGGUUCGGUGGGAGCAGCUACAGAGAGGAAGCCACGCCCUCCUGGGCGUAUCCACACACACAUGCACCCUGCAGGCCUCCGGCUACACAGCGCUAAUAGGCGGAGACUCGUGUUCCUGGGGCUGGGACCUCUCGACCAAUCAGCUUUGGCAUGAUGGAAAGAAAAGGAGGCGGUACCCUGGGGGCGGAGCCUCGGAUAACCCAAGCGUCCCGGAUCGUGUGUUAGUGGUUCUGGACGCAGACGCGGGGACGCUGGGAUACGUGGUGGACAACUGCUAUCUGGGCGUGGCCUUCAGGGACCUCCCCAAAGGGGCGGAGCUAUUCCCUGCUGUGAGCUGUGUGUGGGGAGGAGCUCAAAUCUGCAUACGCUACCUGGGCGGCACGACACGAGACGCUCCGGCUCUACAGGCUCUGAGUCGCUUAUCUGUGCGCCGGACCCUGGAGUCAGACGGGCCCCGGACCCUCCCACCGGCUCUACAGCGCCUCCUGCUGGACCUCUGAGCACACACACACACACACACACACA